GACUGAAGUGUCAAUACUGUCAAUAAAAGUCAAUUUUGUUGUGUUGUUUAUCUUUAUUUAUUUAGUUAUUUGAAAAUACAACUUUCAAAGGCUCACGUUUUCUUAUUUAAAUGGACAACUUGAAUAUUUCAUUUUCAGACUUUCCUUUUAUUUGUCGUUUAUGUUUAUCGCGAGAAAAUCUACAACAUUUUGAGGAACCACUGAAAAAUAAAUUUAAACUUUUUAUCGAUAUUCAGGUUGACGAGUAUAACAACUUACCUGAGAAUAUCUGUAUAGCUUGUAUAAAAAUACUUCAAGAGACUGAAAUAUUUUUUUUGAGGGUGAAAUUAGUUGACUCUCAAUUGAAACUUAUAUCACAAGCCAAACAUACACAUAGCAGUAAUGAAAUAUCAGACAAUGAAGCUAAUGAUAAUGAUAUAUUCAAGGAAAGAGAUGGCAAUAAUCAAUUAAAAAAUAUCAAACAAGAACCAAAUCAAUUAACAUGCCAGUAUUGUAAUACACCAUUUGCCACCCAUGACCUGUUCACAGAUCACUUUAAGGAUAAUGAAACCUGCAAAUUAAAAAAAUAUUUCUGUUCCUUUUGUGGAAAGCAAUUCAGUUUCCAGUAUAAAAGAAAAGCACAUAUAAUGGCAGAACAUUUUGGAGAAUUACCAUAUGAAUGUAAGCUCUGUGGCAAGAAAUUUAAAUUUUCCCAGAAUCUUUCUAGGCAUGACCGAUCAAUUCAUAAAGGAUUGAAACCAUAUAGAUGUGAAAUCUGUGGAAGAGAUUUUGCAAGACUUGAAAGAAAGAAAUAUCAUUUGAAAAUUCAUUCAUUUAAAAAACCAAAUUGUGCCAUAUAUUUUCCAUGUAGGCAUUGUGGAAAGGCAUUCACUAGUCGCCGGGAAUAUAAGGAACACUUACAAGAACACAAAACAACUAACGAAAGUUUUGAAGACUGCUGUAAUAUUUGUCACAAGAAAUUCUCUUCCAAAUAUGUGCUGCAAAGUCAUAUGGUUAUACACAAAGGCAAGAAAGAGUUCUUGUGCACUAUUUGUGGUAAAGAUUUCUUGAAAAAAUGUUAUUUAGAUAUUCAUUUGAAGAUUCAUUCUGGUGAAAAACCAUAUGAAUGUAAAGAAUGUGGGAAAAAAUUUAGCCAACCUUCUUCAUAUAACAAUCAUUUAAUAAUACAUACAGGCGAACGUCUGCAUAAAUGUGAACAGUGUAAUAAAACUUUUAAACAGAAACCACACCUCAAACGUCAUGAAAUGCUCCAUUUAGGAUUGAAACCAUUCAAAUGUACAUAUUGUAACAAAAGUUUUUCUCAGGCUAGCAAUCUUAAAUCUCACAUAAGAAUACAUACAGGGGAAACACCUUAUCAUUGUAUGAUAUGUUCCAGGGGAUUUUAUGAUUCUGGAAGUAUGAAGAAACAUAUAAAAGGGUUUCAUAAAACAUAAUAAAAGUGUUAGUCAUUUAUUCAUCAUUUUUUUGUUAACUUAACAUACAGAUUCACAUAAUUAUAUCCAUAUAAUAAUAUCUAAUCCCUCCCAAAAUAUGAACUCCAUACUCAAAAUCAUUUAGCAAGUAUUUGAAAAAAUAAGGUUUUUCAAACGGUUUUCUCUCCAUUAUUUUUCAUUUGUAAAAAGUAGUUCCCUUAUAUUUACUGUCAGCUCUAGCAAUUAAUCCAUAUAAUUCUGGACCACGUUGUAUAUUUAGUAUUCUAUUUUACAGAUACUCAAAGGACUUUAUUUCUUUAUUAAAAUUUUUCUUCAUUCGUGCCCAUCACAGUUUUUUCUGCAUCACCUAAUUUCUUUGGCACAAAUUCUAUAUCUGGGCCUCAUUGACACAUUUUAUUUGGCAAUAUUUAAAAUUUCUUAUCCUCCUAUGACUAUCUAUUUUUUAUGUAGUGUCAUAUAGGGUUAUAUUUGUACUCAUAUUGUUUGACACUCUGUCUUCUGUAGCAUUUGUGUUGUUGAUAGUCCAUGUGUAUAUUUCCGUUCUUGUUUAUACAGCAAAUUUAUACACAGUCUACCAACAACUUGAAUCAUGAGAUACUUGGGAAACAAGAGUUUAUACAAAAUUUCAAAUAUUAUGUCAAAUGAUUCUACAAUUUUUCUUAAAUAACAAGUGUAGUUAAGUGAUGCAUCAUUUGAAAGGUAAUUUAUUUAUGUACACACAAAAAUUCAACUUUUUUUUUACAAUUUAUUGAAAAACUUUGUAGAUACUUUAGAUUGAACUAGUUUGUUGAAUAUAAGUCAUAACAUCACCAUUUGAAAUAUACACUUGUUGGAAAAAUACGUAUUGUACAGUUUAUGUGGGUUAUUUUUGAAUGUUACUAAAUUGUUCACAAAAUUAAAGCCGAUUAUCAAUAUCA